AUGGAAGAGGAGCUGAAGUGCCCGGUGUGCGGCUCGCUGUUCCGGGAGCCCAUCAUCCUGCCCUGCUCGCACAAUGUCUGCCUGCCCUGCGCCCGCACCAUCGCCGUGCAGACCCCGGAGAGCGAGCAGCACCUGCCGCCCCUGCUCCACUCUCGGGGCCCCGCGCCGCCCGCCGCCGCCGCCGCGCCGGGAGCGGGGCCGGGAGCGGCCGCGGGCUCCGCCGCCUGCCUGGACUCGGAGAGCGCGGCGGGCGGCGGCGGCGGGGACCACGCGGACAAGCUGAGCCUGCACAGCGAGACCGACAGCGGCUACGGCUCCUACACCCCCAGCCUGAAGUCCCCCAACGGCGUUCGGGUGCUGCCGCUGGUGCCCGCGCCCCCGGGGGCGGCGGCGGCUCCGCGGGGCGCCGGCCCCGCCAGCUCCUCCCUCACCUGCCCGCAGUGCCACCGGAGCGCGUCCCUGGACCAGCGCGGGCUCCGCGGCUUCCAGCGCAACCGGCUGCUGGAGGCCAUCGUACAGCGCUACCAGCAGGGCCGCGCCGCCGCCGCCGCCGCCGCCAAGUGCCAGCUGUGCGACCGCAGCCCGCCCGAGCCGGCCGCCGUGCUGUGCGAGCAGUGCGAGGUGCUGUACUGCGCCGCAUGCCAGCUCCGCUGCCACCCGGCCCGCGGGCCCUUCGCCAAGCACCGCCUGGUCCCGCCGCCCGCACACCCGGGCGCCCCCGGCGGCGGCGGGGACGGCGGCGGCGGGAAGGGGGCGGGCGGCGGCCGCAAGCUGCCGACGUGCGCCGAGCACGACCUGGAGAACUACAGCAUGUACUGCGUGAGCUGCCGCAGCCCCGUCUGCUACCAGUGCUUGGAGGAGGGCAAGCACAACAAGCACGACGUGAAGGCUCUGGGAGCCAUGUGGAAGCAGCACAAGGCACAGCUGUCUCAGGCUUUAAAUGGUGUUUCAGAUAAAGCAAAGGAAGCUAAAGAAUUUUUGGUUCAGCUGAAAAAUUUAUUGCAGCAGAUCCAGGAGAACGGGUUGGAUUACGAAGCCUGUCUUGUGGCUCAGUGCGACGCCUUGGUUGACGCGUUAACGCGGCAAAAGGCAAAACUGCUCACAAAGGUCACCAAGGAACGGGAGCACAAGCUGAAGGUUGUUUGGGACCAGAUAAAUCACUGUACACUGAAGCUACGCCAGUCAACAGGGCUAAUGGAAUACUGCCUGGAAGUUAUCAAAGAAAAUGAUCCCUCUGGGUUUUUACAGAUUUCAGAUGCUUUAAUCAAGCGUGUUCAGGUAUCUCAGGAACAGUGGGUCAAAGGAGCCUUGGAGCCAAAAGUAUCUGCUGAGUUUGACUUGACUCUGGAUAGUGAACCUUUACUGCAGUCAAUUCACCAGCUGGAUUUUAUUCAGAUGAAAUGUAGGGUGCCACCCGUCCCAUUGCUGCAGCUGGAGAAGUGUUGCACCAGGAACAACAGUGUGACAUUGGCCUGGAGGAUGCCACCUUUGAGCCACAACCCAGUGGAGGGUUAUAUCUUGGAACUUGAUGAUGGAGAUGGUGGCCAAUUCCGAGAAGUGUAUGUUGGCAAGGAGACCCUCUGCACCAUCGACGGCCUUCAUUUCAACAGCACUUACAAUGCCAGAGUCAAAGCUUUCAACUCCUCGGGCGUUGGUCCUUACAGCAAGACGGUCAUUUUACAGACGUCGGAUGUGGCGUGGUUCACCUUUGACCCCUCCUCAGCUCACAGAGACAUAGUGCUGUCGAAUGACAACCAGACUGCCACCUGCAACAGCUACGAUGACCGGGUGGUUCUGGGCACCGCCGCCUUCUCCAAGGGUGUGCAUUACUGGGAGCUGCACGUGGACCGCUACGACAACCACCCGGACCCAGCCUUCGGCAUUGCCAGGAUUAACGUGGUCAAGGACAUGAUGCUGGGCAAGGACGACAAGGCGUGGGCCAUGUAUGUGGACAACAACCGCAGCUGGUUCAUGCACUGCAACUCUCACACCAACCGGACUGAAGGAGGCGUUUCUAAAGGUGCCACUGUUGGUGUGCUCCUGGAUCUGAACAAGCACAACCUGACCUUUUACAUAAAUGGGCAGCAGCAGGGGCCUCCAGCGUUUGAAAACAUCGAGGGCGUCUUCAUGCCGGCACUGAGCCUCAAUCGGAACGUCCAGGUGACCCUGCACACAGGACUGGAGGUGCCACAAUCUGUAAAACAGCCCAAGUUGCCCAACAACUAA